CAUGGUGCCGCCGCCGCUCGCCCUGCUGCUGGCGCUCGCCGCCGCCGCCCUGGCCGAGCCCCUCCGCUUCGUGGACUGCGGUUCCAAAGACGGAAGCAUCCAAGAAGUGAACGUGAGCCCCUGUCCCACGCAGCCCUGCCAGCUCGUCAAGGGGACGUCCUACAGCAUCAAUGUCACCUUCUCCAGCAAGAUCGAGAGCCAGGGCAGCAAAGCAAAGGUGUACGGUGAGAUGAUGCACGUGGACAUACCAUUUCCCAUUCCUGAGCCUGAUGGAUGCAAGUCUGGGAUCCAGUGCCCCAUUCAGAAGGGCCACUCCUACAGCUACCUGAAUAAGCUCCCUGUGAAGAGCGAGUACCCUAGUAUUAAACUGAUAGUGAAGUGGGAGCUGGUGGACGACCAGGACCAGAUGUUGUUCUGCUGGAAGAUACCAGUGCAGAUCAUCAGCUGAGGAGCCCUGCUGUUAGUAGGGCCUGGGGAGGGGAGAAACAGAGAGGAGACAACACAGGCCAAAUUCUUUUAUAUAAGUAUUUCUUACUGCUUCCUUCAGAGCUCUGCAGCCUCUGAGCAGCUAGUACCGUGUUCCUGCAAGGUCAGCUGUGGGCAGAGGGCUCCUACUCCUCUGAGAGCCCUCUGGUGUGUUCUCACAGCAGCUCAAGGGGGAGCAGCGUCUCUGUCAGCAAGAGAGACUGAGCAUUAGGGCAUUGUCCUCCAGGUUCUCUGUGGAGGCACUUCAGUUGUUUGAAAUGGAGCUGUCUGUCCUCACAAGGAAAUUUCUCUGCAAUGAACCUGGCUACUGUCCGAGCUGCUACCUGGUAAUCCUUCGGUGCCUCUUGUAGAAUGCUGGCUACAUCCACCCUCCUGCACUUUUCCUGCUCCACUGUGACCGGGACGCUCCUGGGACCUGUUUUCCAUCCUUACAGCUGAAGGAGAGGGACGAAGAGGAGGCUUUUCCUGAGCUGGCAGCGCAGUCUGUCCUGAGCCGCUGGGCCAGCAGGACUGUGGCUGGGAAAACUUCCUUUUUGUGGAUGCAACGCCAAAUGGCAUUCACUGUCUGCAGGGAUGAUUCUUUCUCUAACCAAUGGCUUGCACUAUCAACUAACUGGGAGCUGCUGGGAGCUCCUGAACCUCUUUUUAUAACUUUCCUUUUAAUAAAGGUUAAAGAAAAA